CUCUACCUACUUAGUAUAAAACUGCAGAUAACUGAGUGCAAGAACACACUCCAUCGUGGCACUCGUCGCAACACAAGCAAGGCGAUCAUGAGAAUAUUGAGGUCUUCCUUACUCCUGGCCGUGGUCAUCGGCCUGGCCACGGCAGAGGAAAAGGCGGAGAAAGACGCCAAGGCUGAAGAGACGAAGCCAGUAGAGGACAAGAAGCAGGACAAGCGCGGCCUCUCCGAGUGGUACGGCGACCACGGCGGCUACGGCCACGGCGGCCACGACUUCGGCGAACACCACCACGUAGACCACCAUGUGGACCACCACGUCGAGCACCACAAGACCAUCACCACCAUCAAGAAGGUCCCCGUGCCCUACCCCGUCGAGAAGCACAUCCCCGUACCAGUGGAGAAGCACGUUCCCUACCCCGUGAAGGUGCACGUCCCGCAGCCCUACCCCGUCGUCAAGACCGUCCACUACCCCGUCAAGGAAAUCGUCAAAGUUCCCGUCCACAUCCCCAAACCUUACCCUGUGACCAAGCACGUUCCCUACCCCGUCAAGGUCCCAGUCGACAACCCCGUCCCGGUCAAGGUAUACGUCCCCGAACCCUACCCCGUCGAGAAGAAGGUUCACGUACCAGUCAAGGUGCACGUCCCCGCACCGUACCCCGUUGAGAAGACAGUUCACUACCCCGUCAAGGUGCCCGUCAAGGUGAACGUGCCUUACCCCGUUGAAAAGGUGGUGCACUACCCAGUCAAGGUCCCAGUCGACAGGCCCGUCCCCGUACACAUUGAGAAGCCCGUCCCCGUACAUGUCGAGAAGCCCGUGCCCUACCCCGUGGAGAAGGAGGUUCCAUACCCAGUGAAGGUGCACGUCGACAGGCCCGUUCCCGUCCACGUCGAGAAGCCAGUCCCCUACCCCGUCAAGGUGCCAGUACCCGCCCCCUACCCCGUUGAGAAACUCGUCCCCUACCCAGUUGAGAAGAAGGUGCCGUACCCAGUGAAGGUGCCGGUCGAGAGGCCCUACCCCGUGGAGAUCGAGAAGCAUGUCCCCUACCACGUUGAGAAGAAGGUUCCCCACCCGGUGAAGGUGGGCGUGCCAGUGUUCGUGCACGAGCACAAGCACGAGAUCAAGCACGAGCACCACGAGCUUGGGGGCGAGGAGCACGGCCACGGCUCGCUCGGGGGCGAGGGCUCCUACGGGGGCGAAGGCUCGUUCGGAGGCGAAGGCUCGUACGGGGGCGAGAGCUCCUACGGCUCUGAGGGCUCCUACGGAGGCGAAGGCUACGAGAGCCACGGUCACCACGAGUACCAACACUAAAAAGAACUGAUCUCUUGCCCUAAAUAUUUAGUUUAGCUGUUAUUUUGUGUUAAUUCUCUGUUAAGCUUGUUUUUAUUUUGACGACUGGUCCGUGCGUGGAUGUAAAUAGUACCAAAAGUAUUAAAAAUAUCUAAAAUAUA